CCAAUAAGGCGGUAAAAGCUUGGAGAGGUGAAAGUCUCUGCUUGGGAACUUGAACCAUGCGAAGUGUCUUCAGAUGACUAGAACACAGCGGUGGAAUUCUGGAGCACUUUCCUCUAUCGAUCUAUUUAACCCUCCUAAAGCUCCUAUUGGCGAAAGGAACUUCGCAGCUACUUCGCUUGUGUUUUUUUCCAUUUAUUAACAACAAACCUCUUCUUCUUUCAAGAGCUCCCGAUUAUGGUGGAUGCAAGAAAGUGACGACUACUGAACCAUGAACAAGCCUGGACGCUAGAAGGAGAAAGAGGCUGUGCAUUCUAAUGAUAUCCAUCGGCAGAGGAUUUUCUUUUCUUCUUUGAGCAACUCAUUGGCAAAAAAAUUUUGUUGCCCACUUUGUUUUGUUUUUUUUUUUUUUUACGAGGUUUGAUAGCUACUUAAGUUCCUUCUUCCUUUGUCCAAGGAUCUUGAAAGCUAUCCUUUCUUUGAUUCUCUCUCAAUAUCUAUAUCAAAUCUUGUCCAAGAUAUGGGGGUUUUGAGUUGGGUGCAAAAAAAGUUCAACGGGAAACAAGAGAAGCACAGAUCCGAUGUAGGUUCGAGUUCAGCUCGUCAUACCUCAAUGCAAGAUGCUUGCAAAGAAGAAUUCAGUGAUUGGCCGCAAGUUUUGUUGUCGAUUGGAACGUUUGGCAACAAAGAGUUGAAGGAAGACCCACAGAGACAUGAGCCCUCAGAAAACUUGGAUUCAUCUCAAAAUUUGCCAGACUUCACAUCAGAAGAAGUGAGAAAGUUACAAAAGGAGCUAAUAAAACUAUUGUCUGGCAAGUCAAAAGCUGGCACCAAUGGACUAGAGGUGGGAGAAGAAGAGAGAGCCAAUCUCCCACUGAAUAGAUUUCUAAACUGCCCAUCAAGCUUGGAGGUCGAUCGAACUGCUUCCCUAAGGCUACAUGAUGAUCUGGAUAACAACAAUGGCGACCUCUCGCCAACAACCAAGAUCAUCUUAAAAAAAGCAAAAGAUUUGUUGUUCGACAACGGCGAUGCAAUUAAGAAAAAAUCACUCACAUUUCUUCUUAAGAAAAUUUUUGUAUGUCGAAGUGGCUUCUCACCAGCUCCGAGCUUAAGGGAUCCCAUUCCAGAGUCAAGGAUGGAGAAGAUCUUGAGGACAUUGCUUCAUAAGAAAAUAUACCCUCGAAGCUCUGCUUCAUCAUCUUCGACGAGGAAGUACUUGGAGGAGAAACCCAUGGAGAAGGUGCAGGCAGAGGAAAAGGAGGAGAAAGGGGAGGAUCGAUGCAAGUGGGUCAAGACUGAUUCAGAGUAUAUUGUUCUGGAGAUCUAAACAUUAAGGCAGUCUAGGUAUGUUGCACUUGUCUUAAUUCAAAUGUGUCACAUCUAUAGGCCUCAAGAUGAUUGGGGUCAUAGUGUUGGAAAGGAAAUCUAAUCAAUCCACUCAACCAUCCGUUGUAUUGGUCACAAAGAAUACAACCCCAAUAGGAUGGUGUGGAAUAGAGGAACCCGAGCUUUUGCUCGAGCUUGUGCAAAGUGUAUGCCAAAGAAUGUCUGACAGUGCCAUGACAAGAUACUUUGCAAUGUUCACAAGAGAAUUUUUCUUUUGGCAAAUGCCAUGUAUUCAUCCUGUAAUAUUUCUUAUGGUUCGAUCGCCUGUCUCUCUUCUGCAUAUCAUAAAUUGACACACAAAAUUGUAGAGGCUUUGGGA